CCUUCGUGUAGUCAUAUACUCUUAAGUUAUUUAUUUUCAAAACAAAAAACCGCUCAAAAUGUUCAAAUUCGUUGUUUUCGCCGCCGCCGUUGCCGUGUGCCAGGCCGCCUACUCCCUGAACCCAGCUGGCCCAACCUACGCCGGAAUCCACACCCCAGCCAUCACCAGCCAACAGUCGAACAUCCUGCGUACCUAUGGCAACCUGGGACAGAUCUCGACCCACUCCAAGACCAUCGACACCCCAUACUCGUCGGUGAGCAAGUCCGAUGUCCGCAUUAGCAACCCAGGACUGGCCGUUGGACACGUUGCCGCCGCUUAUCCAGGUGCCUACCACGCCCCAGCUGCUUAUCCAGCUGCUUACCCAGCUGCCUACCCUGCUGCCUACCACGCCCCAGCCUACGCUCACCCAGCCGUCUAUGGUGCCCCAGCCGUUAAGGCCGUCGCCCCAGCUCUUCUGGGAGUUGCCUACUCUGCUGCCCCAACCGUCGCUCACAUGACCUACAGCAACGGACUCGGAAUCAACUAUGCCUGGUAAAUAGCGACCACGUGAUAACCAACGGCUAACGGACGACAACGGCAAACGUUAAACUCGGGAACCUAACAAACUCUAAGUCAACACACACACACACAGUCAACGAAAUAGGAA